CCAUAGUCGCCGAAUGCCUUGUGACAGACGCAUUCUUUUGUUGUCCAUGGAAAUGAAACAGUUUUUCAGGCCCUUCAGGCGCUCCUCCGCAAAGAAUAGCUAACGGCCCGAAGAAAUAGAGUGGAAAAUGCAAAACAACGAAAUUAUAAAACCUGCCAAAUACUUCUCAGAAUUGGAAAAGAGCAUCCUGCUUGCUUUAGUAGAAAAGUACAAAUAUGUGCUGGAAUGUAAGAAAAGCGAUGCACGAACUAUUGCACUCAAGCAACGUACCUGGCAGGCGCUUGCCCACGAAUACAACUCUCAGCCAAGCGUGUCACUGCGGGAUUUCAAACAGCUGAAGAAGUGCUGGGAGAACAUCAAGGCUCGGACCAAAAAAAUUAUGGCGCAUGAAAGGAGAGAGAAAGUGAAACGGAGUGUCAGCCCACUUCUGAGUACCCACGUCCUAGGGAAGGAGAAGAUUGCCAGCAUGCUGCCGGAGCAGCUCUACUUCCUGCAGAGCCCACCGGAAGAAGAGCCGGAGUACCACCCUGAGGCCGCAGCCCAAGAAUCAUUUGCUGUUUCAAAUAGAGAACUGUGCGAUGAUGAGAAAGAGUUCAUACAUUUUCCAGUAUGUGAGGGGACCUCUCAACCUGAACCCUCGUGUUCAGCUGUCAGAAUAACAGCCAAUAAAAACUACAGGAGCAAAACCUCUCAGGAAGGUGCUUUAAAAAAGAUGCAUGAGGAAGAACACCAUCAACAAAUGUCCAUCUUACAACUGCAGCUGAUACAAAUGAAUGAGGUGCAUGUGGCCAAAAUCCAGCAGAUAGAGCGAGAGUGUGAGAUGGCAGAGGAGGAACACAGGAUAAAAAUGGAAGUUCUCAAUAAAAAGAAGAUGUAUUGGGAAAGAAAACUACAAACUUUUACCAAGGAAUGGCCUGUUUCCUCAUUUAACCGGCCCUUUCCCAAUUCGCCCUAAGACUGAGGGUGGCUCCCUUGUACAAUUAAUCUGUGUUGGCAAAGGAAGUCUGGAACAUGAACUUGUGGUCAGUAACUUGUAACAGAGCUACAACUAGGAAAAUUAGACUGGUAGUAGUCACUUAUUUAAGAAUACAUUCAGGUAAACAGCUGCACCCUAUGUACCCCUUACGUGGCAAAGAAGUUGUCACAGUCUUCUGAAAAUUAUCACUAUGAGUGCUAUAAUUCUGAAUGUAAUGUCUCUUAAUUAGAAUUCAUACAAGAACCAUGUGUGAGUGUUGUUGUUGUAUUUUUUUUUUUUAAUGCAAGUGUGACUAUAAAGGAGUGUGGGUGAUUUUUUUUCCUUUUUUUUUUUUUUUUUUUAAAAUAGACAGCAGAACUUUUCUAUCCAAAUGAAUGCCCUCCUGUUGAAAGUGGCUGUUGGGGGGGGCCACAUGUGUCUCCGGGGAUGAAGCUGUCGCUCAGAACACUUGCUAGAGGUCUUUAGGAAACCUCCACGAGAGCUGCAGCACCUUGUUCGUUUUCUCGGAGGCAUCCUUUGAGCGUGGAUUUUCUGAUUAUAAGCAGCCCAACAUUCGGAAAGCUAUUUUCUAAUGUGGCUCGUAAACUGCCUUUUAAGGUCUUUCCCCAAAGAGGAGUUCAAAUAAUGUCAGCAACAAAGGUAGCUUUAUUAGAACUAAGGAUGUAGCUACGGUGAGGGAGAAAUGUUCAUUUAGAUUUCUACGUUCUGUCAUGUUUGUUUUAUUAAAAGAAAAGACUUGCAAUUUUAUAGUCACACUGUGUAUGUUUUUUAAGGGUGCUGCCUUCCCCACUGUGCUCCAGUUUUGCCUUCCCUCCGUAGUUUGCUCCCUACUUUGUACUACUGAGUUAAUGGUUGCCCUCGUUUUUAAUCUUUACCCACUUACGGAAAGGCCCUUCCCUCACCAUGUUCCUGGUGCUAACUGAUCGUAAGGCUACGUAGUUUAUGCAGUUAGCAUUGGGCUUUUUAAGAAUCCAUUACCAACAUAUUUGGAAAUAUGGUUUUUUAAAUGGAUGUUUUGGUUAAGCUGGGAUAUAGCUUCUUCUGCAGCCUAGGGAGUUGGGCACAGCAGUAGCUGGCAGAAGCAAAGUGACACUUCCGUGCCAAUGCAGGUCAGCAACUUCUGAGAAUGAAAUGUCAAGGCCACGUGGUGGGGCAGGAGCAGUACGUGUGGCAGGGGCUACAUGUACAGGGCGUGGAGCACUAGGAGUCAGGGUCUACGUUCUGAGCUUGGUUCUGCCUCAAGUGUUCUGUGACCUUGGGUAACUCCUGUGGUCAUUCCUCUCCAUAAAACAAGGGAGUUGGCCUAGGCAAUGUCCAGAAUCUGCUACAACUCCUUGACUAUAGGUGGUCUGCAUAGUCUGGGGUACGUACCGCUGACAUCAUAAUUGUCCGAGGGUCAACAGGGAGCAACUGUAUACUGCAUUGCCUAAGCUUCCCUCCUUCAUGGGUCUGGAAUUUGGGUUUUCAGGGACUUUCAGUUCAGUAAGGUACACAUAUACUUGUCAUUUAUGCACUGCGUAAAACUUAAAUGGAUAUCAAUUUACUUUAUACAUUGAUCCUAUUUUUAAGUACCUUAGAGGAACUGGCUAUUUAAAGAAACCCUGUGAAGACUGGUCUUUGAAAGGAAGGAUACUUUGGUAAGGAUUUGUGUUCUUAACUUAGUUUUUACCUAAUGGACCUUUUAGUGAAGAAGCAUCUGGAUAAAGUCCCAAGCUUCAGUGGUUAAUGGGAGACAGAACUUGACUCUCCAUGCCCCCUCGGGAACACAGGUGUGAACUGAGAAAAGUUUGCCUUUGCGUCACCUAUUGAUCCAUCUGGAAAUCUUGUCAAUAUGCAGAUUCUGGAGCGAGGCCUGAGAUUUUGCAUUUUUUAUAAGCUCCCAGGUUGUGCCAGUUUUGCUUCCCUGGUCACCACACUACUGUGUAGCAAUGUUUUAGAGGACCCUGUGCUGUUUUUAUUCUAAAAAAGAAAUUGGGGAGUUAGGUACAUUUUUGUGUACAGCAGUGUGCUGGAUAGUAUUCUCGAAGACUUCACCACUUAAGCACACAAACAACAACGUAGAACAACACAAAAACGGCUCAUACACAUAAUGGAACUAUAAAAGCAUCAGACUAUUUCCUAACUGAACAAAUCAAGGAUAAUUAAGCCAGCAGCCUAAAGCACCUGGUUCUACUAUUAGUGGCAUUUAGGAGUUUUUAACAGUAGUUUUCAACCUUGGCUGUGCAUUAGAAACAAGAUUUUGUAAAUAAUUAAUCCCACUGGGUCCUGUUGCCGGAGGAUUCUGAUUCGAUUGACUUGGGUUGGGGCCUGGUCUGAUACAGUUUUGGGCAGCUUUUUACCCUGAAAAGGUGUCAAGUUCACGAAUGUGUUUCAUUCGAUCCUUAAUCCUGUGAGAUCAUGAAGAAGUGCAGAAACGAUGCUCGGAGAAGAACCACCAGGCCCAUAGCUAACGAGUGGUAAAGCAGAACCUCAGCCCCAGGUCUCUUGACUCGAAAACAGAUAGUCCCAACUGCCUGCUCCCCUCCCCCAUCCGUCAAACUCUAUUGUGGAUGUGUUUUAUCCUGAGAGUCAGAGCAGGUCUACAGGGUAUUUGUAGUGUCUGCAUUCAUGAACAGGUGCAUCCCAAUCCAUUUCUCUUUGAAGAGAGAAAGUUCCUUACCUGAGAUGGAAAUGCAAUAACUGUUUCUUGGUAGGCGCACUAGAUAAUUGACAGAUAAAUAUUAAGAGACAGUUCACCAUCCCCCACCCUGCUAAAUCAUGGACAGCCCAGUAGAGGAGGUGAGGCUUGUACACUGUUGUCACGUACUUGAUCAGAGCAUAUAGCAGUGCAUUUGUAGCUUAUAGCCAAGAGCUAAGAAACCUGAAGGAAGGCCUCCCAGAGGAGGUGGCAUUUGAACUAAGUCUUUCGAGUUGGCAUUUUGGCAGGUGGAGAUUUGGAAAGGAGAGGAACUUCACUAGAUUUAAGGAGCCACUGAAGAUUCCAGAUGCUGAGACAUAAUUGGGAGGUAGUGAGAACAUAGGGGGUUUCCAUAUUGGGCAGCAAUGUGAUCAAAAUUGUGCUCUCGGAGGAAGAUUAGAUGAUGGUACUGAGGGAAGACUGAAGUCCGGGAGACAAGGUAGGAAGAUUUGGCCCUGGUUGGGGUGAGAUGAUAGGGAGGACCUAGAGGAGGCUGUAGUAAAAGUGACUGAUGAGAAGGGCAUUGCAGACGUGGGAUCAGUCAGGCUUGGCAUUUGAUUGCUUUUGUUGGUGGGGAGGGGUAACGUUUGAAAGCUGGGUGCCUAAAAGAAUGAUACUGCUACUUGAAAUAAAGGAAGAAAGGAUGGAUUUCUGGCUCUGACCUGUCUUCGAAGAGGCCUAGACACAAACUAGCGCAAUUGCUUCCCACUCAGUCUCAAACAGCAGCACCUCCUCUCAUCUCUUUGGCUGUCACCUCUUUGCUCUGACUUCUGCCUCUUCAGCUGCCUGUGCUGCCUCUUCCACCUGUUCACCUGACACUUUAGCCCCUCCUCCUGGGGUCCUUGUCACCCCACUCAUUGGUACUGCCUCUGCCAUCAGUACUUCCAUUGCAGCUGGUGGCAUGUCGGUCUCCAUCUCUGAUAAUGACUUCGCACUAGGAAGACAAAAAAAGAUUAUUUCUUUACCUUGAGCUCCAAUUCUUUUCUAGACAGUUGGCAUCUACAAAUUUCAGUUUCUGUCUUUCUUUUUUUAAUGUCCCAUGUUGUAUAAAGGAGCAUUGGCCGAGAGGGGCUGUUAAACCCCAUGUAUGUCUAUUGCAGCCCCGUUACAAAAAUCAAACAUGGAGUCCUACCCUAUUAUGCAUCAAAAAUUUAGGAAAUGUUCUAGGAAUUUUUCAGGCUGACUCUUAAAAUGCAUUGUCUUUUUUUUUCCUUUCUUUUUUUUUUUAAGAAGACAGAGAAUGGAGGAAGACAGGUGGCAUGGGGGAGAGUGCAUUUGAGUUGUCAGCAGCCUCCAGAGUGUCAGGUCAAUCACAUCAGCACUUGGUCUGGACCAGGGGAAAGGAAUGGUUCUACCCCCUGGGAAUGUCAGAAGGACCUGAUAAUUACAUUUGGCAAAGCCAUGAAGAGUGGCUCUGUAAUGUCAUUGCUAAGAAUUACCCUUUUAAUAGCAUUUCUGGAUGUCUGAGCUUUUCAAAUGGAAUGACACGUCUUGUGUGCUGUGGCUUUUCCUUUCUGUCGGGCUGCUUGCUUCCCAGCUGGUCCCCCUGUUCUUCCUCACCUUCGCUUUGAUAUCAUUUGUGUGUUUCCUUCUGUCUGCCUCCUUCCUGGUCCUGUUUCUCCAAGCCCUCCCUCUGUACCUACGACGACUCCACUCUCGCGUUUUAGAAGUGUAGUCGUGUGAGAAUGGGUGUGAGGGAAAUACUUGCCAAAGGACAGCAUAGGCAACAUCUGCUACCAACAAGGUGAAGUGUAGCCUUAGCCCGGCCAAACUAUCGCUAAGUUGCUCCCGUGCUGCCUCCGCGACUUCUGUGUUGGUGGGACUCAGAAGUCAUGGGAAGGGUCACCAGUGAUCUGUGACCACAACACAUUCUUGUCCUAAUUGUGCAAUACAGUGUGCCCUUCAACACAAUUUACUAAUCUCUGCCUCAGUUUCUUCAUCUGUGAAAGUGAUGUAAUACUUAUCUACCUCCCUUGAACGUUGUGAAGAUUAGU